UAGGCCCCACCACUCAAAGGACCGACUAGCAAGUUUAGCUUUUGAUAUAAAAGUCCAGGCAGCGACAAUAAUUUUAUCAGUCACCUGCUCUGAAUACAAACAUUAAAAUGUUUUCCAAAAUCUUCGCCCUCAGCGCUCUUGUGGCUGCCGCAAACGCAGGUUUGCUGCCAGUUCACCAUGCAUCAGCUGUUUCAUCCCAAAGCAUAGUCCGCCAUGACUCGCCCGCUCACUACGCCUCUCCUUACUACGCUCACGCUGCUCCCGUUUACCACGCUGCCCCAGUUGUCCACGCUGCUCCCGUUUACCACUCUGCCCCAGUUGUCCACGCCGCCCCAGUAGUCCACGCUGCCCCAAUUCACGCUGAAUACUCUCACCCUAAAUACGACUACUCUUACUCCGUGGCUGACCCCCACACCGGUGACCACAAGUCCCAGCACGAGAGCCGCGACGGUGGUGCCGUACAUGGAAGCUACUCCCUGGUUGAGCCUGAUGGUUCAGUCCGUAAAGUAGACUACACCGCUGAUGACCACCAUGGUUUCAACGCUGUUGUCCACAAAACCGCCGGCCACCACCCAGCCCCAGUUGUCCACGCCGCCCCAGUUGUCCACGCUGCCCCAAUCGCGCAUGUUUCAUACGCUCCUCUUGCCCAUGGACAUCAUGGUUACUACUAAUCGACUAGGCUAAAGUAUCGUGUUCGUGAUGAAUGAUUGAAUAUUGUGAUAUUUAUGUGUAUGAUGUUAAAUGUUAAUAUGAUAAUACUCACUUGUAAAUAAACUCAAGUAUGCUGAUCAGUA